AUGGAAGCUCAUGCUCUGGUUGCCAGGUUAAUUGAGAAAGAUUUGCAGUUUCCAUUCAUGGCCCUACUUAUUUCAGGGGGACACAAUGUACUCGUUCUUGCUCGUGAUCUUGGGCAGUACAUACAACUUGGAACUACAAUAGAUAAUGCUAUCGGUGAGGCAUAUGACAAGACAGCAAAAUGGCUUGGACUUGAUUUGAGGAGAAGUGGUGGUCCUGCUAUUGAGAAGCUUGCUAUGGAGGGUAAUGCUGAAUCAGUCAAUGAUGCCAAAAUUCCAAUUUCUUCAGCAAGUAAUGAAGAUCGACUGUCACGGGCUGAUAUUGCUGCUUCUUUUCAGCGAAUUGCUGUGUUACAUCUUGAGGAAAGGUGUGAACGAGCAAUACUGUGGGCAUUUAAGAUGGAGCCUUCCAUAAGACACUUGGUUGUCUCUGGUGGAGUUGCAUCAAAUCAAUAUGUCCGGGCCCGGCUUCAUUAUGGGCAAGGAUUCUGGAUUCAAAGAGGGUUAACGUGGAAGGUGGGGAAUGGAGCCAAAAUCAAGUUUUGGGAGGAUGUUUGGAGCUAUGGAGACACACCGCUUCUGGCAAAAUACCCCAGAUUGUACCUAAUUUCAGACCAACAGAACAAGAAUAUUCAGGAGAUGGCUGUAUUCAGAUCCACAAAAAAAGAUGAAUGGAUUUGGAAACCAGAACCUAGUGGACAAUAUUCGGUAAGAACUGCCUAUAACAUGUUGAAAGGAGUGGAUGUUGAGGAGGAUAACAUGUGGGUGUUUGAGGAGCUAUGGAAGAUACGAGUUCCACCUAAAUUACUAUUUUUGCAUGGAGGUUAUUAA